CCCCCUCGCUCCGCUCCUGCUUCCUGCUGAAGCCACGCAUGUGUUGAUCCGCGCUGCAGCAACGUGCAUCAGCUCCUCUGUGACCCCGCGGUGUUAAUCUGCAUCAGCCUGAGCUCCCUGCGUCUCUCCGCUGCGAGCGAUCAGCGGAGCUUGUUACUAAAAAAGGGGGGGGGGCUUCUCCGCCGUCCGUGGCCGGGUUUUUUUUUUGGGGCCCUGUUUUCAGGCUGUCGGUUCUGAAACGGACGCGGAAGACAGAGACGAAAAAAAGAAAAAAGCAACGCGAUAAGAAAUCCAGCUUCGCAUCGAUUUGGUCUGAUUCGGACUCCACCGCACGUCCGCCUCGGGUCUAGAUCUGAGGACCCGCUCCCGGUACCGAGCGUAAUGUAUCGUAGAGAGGAAACACAGUAAAUAGACGGACACGUCCAUCUGCACCGAAGAGGAAACCAACACGGUGAUCAUGGCUUCGCCAAAUUUAGCCUCGACAGCAAUGGCGAAGCCUUCCCUCCCCCUGAAGCUGCUGCUCGGGCUGCUGAUCGCCGUGAAUCUUCCCACAAGCUCCUUCCAGACUGAUGACGACGAUGAGGUGUCUAACAAGACGUGGGUGCUGACUCCCAAAGUGUACGAGAGUGACGUCACACACAUCCUCAACAGCCUACUAGAUGGAUACGACAACAAACUGAGACCUGACAUCGGAGUCAAACCGACAGUGAUCCACACAGACAUGUUUGUCAACAGCAUUGGCCCGGUCAACGCCAUCAACAUGGAAUACACCAUCGAUAUCUUCUUCGCUCAGACCUGGUACGACAGAAGGUUAAAGUUCAACAGCACGAUGAAGGUUUUGCGCCUCAACAGCAACAUGGUCGGGAAGAUCUGGAUCCCAGACACAUUCUUCCGCAACUCGAAGAAGGCCGACGCCCACUGGAUCACCACGCCCAAUCGCAUGCUUCGAAUCUGGAACGAUGGCCGAAUACUCUACACCCUCAGGUUGACCAUCGAUGCUGAAUGCCAGCUUAAACUGAACAACUUCCCAAUGGAUGAGCACUCGUGUCCCCUGGAGUUUUCAAGCUAUGGCUACCCCAAGGAGGAGAUUGUGUACAAGUGGAAGAGGAGCUCCGUUGAGGUUGGGGACAUUCGCUCCUGGAGGCUCUACCAGUUCUCCUUUGUGGGUCUGAGGAACACCUCUGAGAUCGUCAGGACUGUUUCUGGAGACUACGUGGUGCUGACCGUCUUCUUCGACCUGAGCAGGAGAAUGGGCUACUUCACCAUCCAGACCUACAUCCCCUGCACCCUGAUUGUUGUCCUCUCCUGGGUCUCAUUCUGGAUCAACAAGGAUGCAGUACCUGCCAGAACAUCACUGGGCAUCACCACUGUGCUGACCAUGACCACGCUGAGUACUAUUGCCAGGAAGUCUCUUCCGAAAGUGUCCUAUGUGACCGCCAUGGACCUGUUUGUGUCCGUCUGCUUCAUCUUCGUCUUCGCCGCACUUAUAGAGUACGGCACGCUGCACUACUUUGUCAGCAACAGGAAGCCGAGCGCGAAAAAGGACAAGAAGAAGAAAAACCCGCUCCUCCGGCUCUUUUCCUCAAAGCAGACACCCACGGUAGACAUCCGUCCACGCUCGGCCACAGCCAUCCAGAUGAACAACGCCACGCACAUGCAGGAGCGAGACGAGGAGUACGGGUACGAGUGUCUGGACGGGAAGGACUGCACCAGCUUCUUCUGCUGUUUCGAAGACUGCCGCUCCGGAGCCUGGCGGCACGGCAGGUUGCACAUCCGCAUCGCCAAGAUAGACUCGUACGCACGCAUCUUCUUCCCCACUGCAUUUGGUCUCUUCAACCUGGUCUACUGGGUCUCCUAUCUCUAUCUCUAGGCCCGGGUGUGAACACAUCACACAGUCUAUUACAUUCUACAUAUGCUCUGUGCCAGCAAGGGACAUUCUGAAGGAGGGGACCCACUGAAAUACCCAAUGAUCUGAUUUAAAGCAUUUGCUUUAAUUCCCUAGUUUUAAUCUUUCAAUUUCAAUCAUUCAUUUGAAAACAUUGACAGACAUUGCAAAUGUUGUAGCACUACAUUAAACUGGUACGAGGAGGUUUGUAGGUGUGCUGUGAAAAUACUGAUUGUGUGAGCAAAAUGAGUCUUAGUUUGGUUUUGAUGAUUUUAUUUUGGGCUUUUUUUUUGUUGAAAUUUUCUUUUUCUUCUGAACUGGAUUUUUAUUUAGUUCCACAGUGAACCAUUGAAAUAAAUAAAUAGCAAUUCAGAUCACAGCAAACUUCUAUGAGACAAAUCCAAACGACAUCGACCGUCUUAUCAUUUAUUCUCACGCGUCUUUUGUUUAAUUGAACAUACUAAGACACUAAUCUGAAGCACUUUAAUAGAGCUAUGUUAGACAGUGACAUCACAAUUGAUUUUGAAUGUUAAUUUAUUUUAAUUUAUUUAGCUUAAUUUUCGGCACAAUUACACAUUCUCUGUGUGUGGUCGGAGAGAGGUGAUGCUGUUUAUGGACAAUGCUCAACUGUACAGACACUGUAUAUAUUUUACUAUUACAUAGUGGUUUACAUUUAUUGCAUGCACCUUUCAGGCCAAAAAUCAACAUGUUUUAUGGUCUUCUAUUGUUGGCUAUGGAAACUAAAACAAACAAAAAAAGAGCACUGUUGGUUAUCAUUCAGGAUUUAAUUAUUCUUUUUUUUUUUAGGAAAAUUGGAAAAACAAAUGAUAAAAAAAAUGUGCCCAGUUUAUCCUUUUAAGUUGAGGGGUCGGCUUUGCAUACAGGUGGGAGGACGAGCCCAGGAUGAUUAGCUCACUGUAAAGACAACACUGACCUCUCAUCGCCUCCAUUUGCUGUUAAAAGCGAGCAUUUACAUAACGACACACUGCUGUUAGAAUUUUUUGUUAUGCAAGCUUGUACAAGAGAACCUGUACUACAAUGUUUUGUUUUUUUUGUUUUUUUUUUUUAUGAACACUCAUAUCACAUUAGUUUUUACCCUUUACAUUAGCAUCGAUAGCUGAAUUCAGACUAAUCUACACUUUGAUGCAAAUAUUAAAGCAGACAGCUGUAGGAUUUUUUAUGUGUCAUUCUUCAAAGAUGAGCCACAAAACAACAGAAUAACUAAACAAUGCAAAAAAAAUACAGAAUAUGGAUUAAAAAUAUUCGGACUUUAAGGUGCAAUAUGUAGGAAUAAGCCAGAUGAAUCGCUAACUGCUGCCGACUGUAGCUAGUUAGCUCAGUUAGCUUCACAGCUAGCGGUCUGGAGCGUUGCAGCAGUGUAAACACAAAUCUGUGACUCUCUCACCUUCUGCUGAUCAUUUUAGGAAAGUUUUGAAUGAAAUUCUUACAUAUUGCACCUUUAAGAGCUUCAAUCAAGUAAAGAACAUUUAAAAAGCAUCGGCUUGUGUUGAGAACGGAUGUGUUAGCCUUAUUAUGGAGCGUCUCACUUCCUGUGUCUCUGAGGAGAAACACAUGGAGAAUGUAAAUGACCACACAGUCAGGAAACUGAUUCACCGGCUCGGCAGAACUUCAUCUAUUCUUUACUUUUCUUUCCAUUCAAAUUUUCUUUUGUAAGGUUGUGCAAAGAGCGAAAAACACAGCGAAAAGCAUCUGAAUUGUAAAUGUUGUGUAUGAUAACAUACGACGAACAUGAAUUUCAGCCCCUCAUGGAUUUUGAUAGAUGCCAGUAUGCAACAAAUGGAGACGGAGCUGCGGUUUGAUUUGUACACUCACGAGGAAGAGGUGUAAAUCACAUUGUCUGUGUACAUAAGUUAUAAAAGGAAGAAAACACUCGUCGAGCCCUUGGGAUUUUGUAAAAGGGUAUAUAUUUUGUAAUUUCAGCAUUGUUACAGUAUAUCAUCAUACAGUAUAUUAGACUUAUUGUGUUAUGCUGGACUGACCAUGUAGAAUAUGGGGUAAUGGGGUAUUUAUUUAUUUAGUUAUUUAUUUAUUCAUUGAUGGUAUUUAUUUAUUUAUUUUAUUGAAAGAAAUUGUACUUUAUGUCCAUAUAGCCCCUGAAAAGAAACACAGAAUGCUGUCAUUUAUAUCAGACACAUUUUCGUUGAUGUGUCAAUGGAGCUUGAGCUUAUUUAUCUUGUGUUUUCUAUGUUGUGAUCGAUGUACACUACUCUCACAAAGGCCUGUCGAACUGUUAUAUCUGUUGAAUUAGUGAGUUGCAACAUUUACCUGUUGUGCAGCUUCUCAGUAGUAGACUUUAAUAUUUUCAGGGAAGAAAAAAAAAACACAAAAAAACAGUUCCCGAGCCACCAGAAGAAGAACAUCUGCUGUGACUAUUAAUUAUUUCCACUUUUUUUCCCACCACCACGAGUUUUCAUUGGUCUUGAUAUUUCAUCAUUAAUAAAGGCAUCAGUGAUGAUUCAACCACAUGCAUUUAUCAGAUUAUCUUAUAUUUCCUGCAGUUCUUUCCCUUUUGUAUUUAAUGGUGGUCCUGUUGUGUUCUGAAGCUGCUGCCUAGUAGUCUAAACCCGUCCUCAGUGUGCACAUCUCCCACAUCUUUACAGACGUACGUGUGUCGAUAGCGACGUAGGCUGGUCGUCAUCAGUGUUCAGUAGUUUACAGAAGCGUAUAAGAGUGAUUGCAUCCUACAAAGUGCCAAACUGACACACAUACAAUAGAGAAUAUCAAACAAUAAUAUCAUUUGUUAAUCCAGAACAAGCUACAAUUCAGCGUUUUCUUAGCGGAGUUCCUGCAGUGAAAGUUCCCUGAGACGUUUGAUAUUUGCUUUUUGUGUUUGUUUGUGUUUUUGUUUUUUCACACCGUGGAGAAGCAGAAGCAUGAGAAGCAGCCUGACAGAAAGUCCUGUUUGUAUCAGGGUGAACUGGAGACUUAUCUGACUCAGACUAUCUGACUUUAUUUACGAGCCCAUCUUUCUGAUAACGAGCAUGUGUUGUGUUUGAACAGUGGUGCAGAAAACAAACAGACUUUGUGGUCUUUUUCUUUUUUUUCAUGAUGAUAAAAGCUUGUUUAUUGUUUGUUUAUUAUAUUUUCUGUGCACUCUACUGUCAGUGCAGAGACACAACAGUGUGGGAGAUACUGAACAGUGUUUGUAUUCAGUAGUGUGCAUGUUGAAUACGUUUCAGUCAAACGGGGACGUGUUGAAGAAACGGGACGACUUCAAGCUUUGUUUCAUCUGGUUCAGUCCUUUCUUUGCCUGCGUUGACACACAGACUUUAUUACACUGCUUAUUUUUGACAGUGUUGGUUUUAUUUAUUUUGGACCCACAAAUGAGACAAAUAUGCGAACAGCACAUGUAGAUAUUUUCUAUUGUUAUGUAUUUUGUCAAACUGCAGAAAACAAAAUAAUACGCACUGGAGCUACAGAGCUCAGUAAAAUGUGUCCAAGAACAAAAUGAAUUUCAUAUGAUCCUCAUACAUACAGUAUGUUAGUUGUUUACCAUCUAUGUAUAUUUGAGUAUUGUAUAAAAGGGGCACUGAUCAGUUCUGUUAGGGUCUGCAUAAUAUGCUAUACAUGUACUGGAAAAAAUCCUUUUCAUAAGGGAAUUGCACAUAGCUGUGGAAUUUUACAAUAAAAUGAUUGCAUUUA